AUGGGGGGAUAUUAUGCUGUCAGAGUGGGUCGUCAUCAAGGCAUAUAUAGAAAUUGGGCUGAUUGCAAAGAACAAGUCAACGGUGUGAGUGGUGCAAAGUUUAAAAAGUUUAAUUCCUUGGAAGAAGCUCAAAGUUUUGUGGAUGCAGGUUAG